AACGUCUUAAAAGGGAAUAUUGCAAUAGGUACUCGUAUAGCGUGAAAACUUUCCGUCUUCUCUAUUUGGCUUAAAAGUUACCAUCUAUUAUACGAAAAUCUUAUUUUAUACUCGUUGUUUGUUCAACAAAUUGAUGCGAAAUGGCAGGCUUACCUAGAAGGAUAAUCAAGGAAACUCAACGUUUGAUGGCUGAGCCUGUCCCAGGCAUUAGUGCAGUUCCAGAUGAACAAAAUGCUCGUUAUUUCCAUGUUGUGGUUGCAGGUCCAGAAGGUUCUCCAUUUGAAGGUGGUGUUUUCAAAUUGGAACUAUUUUUGCCUGAAGAGUACCCAAUGUCUGCACCUAAAGUGCGAUUCAUGACAAAGAUUUAUCACCCUAAUAUUGAUAAACUUGGCCGAAUUUGUCUUGAUAUUUUGAAAGAUAAAUGGAGUCCAGCUUUGCAAAUUCGAACAGUGCUGUUGUCGAUUCAAGCUCUAUUGAGUGCGCCCAAUCCCGAUGAUCCAUUGGCCAAUGAUGUUGCUGAGUUGUGGAAAGUCAACGAGGUAGAAGCUAUUCGUAAUGCUCGAGAAUGGACCAGAACUUAUGCUAUGGGAAACAUAUGAAACCUGGAUCUGUGGAAGGAAAAAGAGUAAAAUUGUCAAUCCGUUACCGAGAAAUUGUGUUUGAAUUUAGAUUAUUUUGCUUUCUUUUGUUCCUCGUCCAUCAGCCUUUGUCGACUGAUUCCCCUCCCUUCAAUUGGUUGAACUGUCCCCGAUGGUGAUCAGCCAAAAAACUACAUUUUGCUCGUUCUUAUAUCCCAAUCUUCUUUUGUUUGCUCGUCAAAAGUUCUAUCGACGGUUCAUUCCAAUUCACGCGUCGCUAAAAUGAUCGUCGAUAGCCUACACUUUUUACCGUUUAGUACCACGAGUACCUCAAAAGGAUACUAAAGAAUAAUAAAAAUGCCGUCACCCGUGGAA